GGGGCUUGUUGGAAUGCGGGUGGAAAGCAAAACCCUGAACACAAACCGAAACUGUUUGCUGAGCUGAAGCGGCGUCUGAUUAGUUUUGUUUCCAUGUUUGUUGGGUGGCGUGUUCGCCUAUUUUAGACUGCUUACAGACUUUACUCGGUUUGUUUGCUGAAUUUUUUUGUAUUUUCUUGUUCAACGGCUGUCAUAACUUUCCUGUCCUCGAGUCGAGACGCGAAUAUAAGUUUCUUUUCCGUGAAACCGAAAGGGAGAGUCUUUAAGAUGCUGCUGGCUUGACUGAGUUUUUCUUUCUCCCGCUGUUCGACCUCGUUAGGAUGUAGUUAAGAACAGGAGAAAGGUCAGUGUAGGUUAGUGUAGCCGAUCAUGGCAACCCGCGCUGCAAACAUGCAGAGCAACAACGCCGAUAAGGGUCUGGAUGAGAAACUCAUGGACGAGUACCUGAAGGCAAACGGACUUUACCGGAGGAAGAUCGCCAAGGACGGCUCCUGCCUGUUCAGAGCCGUGGCAGAGCAGGUGCUGCGCUGCCAGGGGCUGCACACCAAGGUCCGAGCGGAGUGCGUGAAGUAUCUCAGAAAGAACCGAGAGCUGUACGAGUCGUUUAUCGAAGGUGAUUUUGACGAAUACCUGCAGAGGCUUCAGGAUCCACAGAGCUGGGUUGGGCAGGUGGAGAUAAGUGCACUGGCUGUCCUUUAUAAACAUGACUUUAUCAUCUAUCAGAAUCCAGGGGAGCCACCAGUGAACAUCACAGAGAACGGCUACCCUGAUAAGGUGCGACUCUGCUUCCUCAAUGGCAACCAUUACGACAGUGUUUACCCAGUGUCCUUUGUCAAAAAUGCUGCUAUGUGUCAAUCUAUUCUCUAUGAACUGCUGUACGAGCGUGUGUGUGGUGUGGACCGGAGUGUGGUAACAGCAAGCACAAAAGGGUCAAGAGCGAGGGAUGAGGCUGCUGAUGUAGAGGGGUUUAAGGGCAGUGAAGAGUCCGACCUGGACGAGGGAGAGGACUUCUGGUCCAGUGAAGCUACUGGCAAGACGACCAGUGUGAACAACAGACCACCUUAUAAGGGUCGAGGGCGGGGCCAAUCCAGAGGAGGAGGCCGUGGCUUUCUGCCUCGCGAUGCCCAGGAGUCCCUGAACCCCGGCAUCUUCAGGAAUGUGGAGUAUGAUGUGUGGAUGCGGUCAAAAAAAGCUCAGCAGAGGAGAGACUUCUGUAUGGCUGCAGGGAUGCAGUACACAGCUGGAGACAAGUGCCAGGUGCGGUUGAACAAUACUGGCCGCUACUACAGUGCGUACAUCCAGGAUGUCAGCCCUGAUGAUGGACCCGUUACUGUCUUCAUCGAGGAGCUCGGACAGAAACACACUGUUCCACUGUGGAACCUGCGCACUCCCUCAGAAGAGUCCUGGUGCACCGUGACAGAGAAGGGCAAGAAGCACUCUGUAACCAAUGGCAGCGGAAACACAAAUGGUGGGAGGAAGCCAGUCAGAUCAGUGUCAAUUCCGUAUGCUUCCCAGGCAGCUGCAGGCUCCGCCCCCAGCAACCGAGUGCAGAAACAACACUCUUGGCCCCCACAGACUCCCGAAGAGGCUCAGUCCCAGGGAAAGAAUGCUGGCACCAGGAAGUCUGAACAGGACGUUGGUGUGCUGGGGGUGUCACCUGCGGAGGAAGAGGAGCUUCUGGUGUUGGAGCUUCUGCACAAAGAUGAGAACAAUUUCCCAAGCCUUGAAGCCAGUGCACAGGUGGCGGCUGCUGCUGCUGUCAGUGAGGGUGGCAAAAGAGCAGAGAGGAAAGGCUCCCGAAAGAAGGCAGACAUGGAGACUAAAGACCCAUCUCAGAGACCUGAGCAGAAAGCAGAUAGGGGAAAACAUGGAAAGAAAGGCCCUGUGGUUCAAGACCAAAGAAUCUCCCCUUCCAUCAAAGAGAAGCCCAACUCUUCUCCUCCCUCCACUCCACCUUCUGCUAACUCACCUGCUCCUUCAGGUCCUAAGGCCACUAAAGCUGCCCCUCCUCCAUCUGCACCUGCACCUGCUUCUGUUUCUGCUCAAACCACCCCAGCCCGUGCUCAAACUGCAUCUGUUCCUUCAACAGCACCCCUUUUGUCUACUGAAAAUAUCCCCGGACAGUCUCAAACUGUCUCUGUCGCAUCUACAACAACGUCUGGAUCUGCUCAGGCUGUCCCUGCCCGGUCUCAAACUGCCCCUGUUGGGUCUAAAACAAAUGCCAGCACCCAGUCUCAAACAGCUUCUGCCCAAGCGUCUGCUUCAGCCACAGCAGCACCUACCCCUCAAAAUGCCCCUACCCAAUCCCAAACUGCCCCCAGUGUUACUAACUCUGUCUCCAGUCCUUUGUCCUCUGCUCUGACCCCUAACCCUUCUCACAUAGCCUCAGUGCCUCCAGCUGCCCCUGUGUCUAAUCCUGCCCCUUCGCCAUCUGCCCCAGUACCCACAACCACCACUGUUCCUUCUCCACUCAUCUCUCAAACUACCUCUGUACCUCUAACUACACCUACAUCUAAGCCUAGCACUACCCCUUUAUCUACCCCGACCACUUUACCUACCCCAGCCCACUCUGAAAGUGACCUGGUAACCACCCCUGCCCUUCCCGAGACUACCUCAGCAACAUCCCGGGGUCCUGAACCUAACCCGGUUCCAUCUCAGAGUGCCACUGCAACCACUCCUGCAUUGGUAACUACCCCUGCCCAAGUACCUACCCCCACUCCCUCUCAUAUUACCCCCACAUCAUCACUUUCUGAUACUAAAGUGCCUGUCCAAACACCUCCUCGUCCAGCUGAAGUUCCAGGUGCCUCUAGUACCCCUCCUGCCCCAGUUUCUGUAUCUGCCCACACCCUGUCAGAGCCUGCCCAUGCACCACACUCCAUUACCCCUCCUGCCCCUGUUAACGUAUCAGCUGCCACAGUUCCACAGUUUUCGUCUGCUCAUACUCCCUUUCACCCUAUCGGGCUUGGUACUUUUCCCAUGAUACCCCACUACCCCCCUUAUAUGACCCCUGCACCUACGUCUGCCCCCAUGCUAGCACCCUCUGCUGCCAUUUCUUCUGCCCCAACUCCGCCCUAUUCUCACCCCUCAGAGCCACGCCCCUAUGAGCCUGCAGCCUCACCUGUCGCAGGUGUUGGACCUACUGCAGUGCCUGAUUGCUUGCCCCAUGGCCUGGUCCCUCACCCCCAGCACCCUCACCCUCAGCACCCCUUUUCCUUACCACCACUUUCACACCCAUACCAGGAUCCACUCUACCCAGGGUUUCCCCAGAAUGAAAAAGAUGAAGCUGUCCAGACUUCUACUGUCUACUUCUCCAUCCAGUGCACCGGAAAAGACCUGCCAAAAGAUCCAAGCAUCCUUAGAUUCUUCUUUAACCUUGGGGUCAAGGCGUACAAUAACCAGAUGAUAGCUCCAGUCAGCUACUUGGCACCGCUGACCCAUGCUUAUCAGAUUCAGCUUAAAGUCCCUCCUCCUGCCCCUUCGUCCAAUCCUUACACUCCACCUUGGCAAUCGGAUAACCCACCGUCCAUGCUGCACAUGAGCUCUGCCCCAAACCACCCCCACAUCGGCCCACCGGUUGGACCAGGAGUUGGACCUGUUGGUCAUUUUGAGGUACGGAGUGUGGUCCCUGCUCCUCCUCCAGUGGAAGCUGGCAGUUACAGUGCCCACCCUCAUUCAGUGCCUAUGCAUGUGCCCCCUCAGCCAGGUGUGCCUUGGUCUGUUGCACCUCGUCCAAAUGUGUAUGCUGGAAUCUACUCUGCUCCCCAUACUGGUCAAUAUUCCGCCCCUCCAUGUCCACCCCAGAGUGGUCUGGCUUAUCCCUCCCCAUCUGUAGGGCACCAGCGGCCCCCGGUUCCCCCUCCCCAACAUCACGGGAGGGAUAUCAGCAUGGUGACUGUUGCCCCGGCAAUUGAGAGAGGUGAGGGAGACGGCCAGAGGUCAUCGACCCCUCAGGUGGAAAAGCCUAUUUGGUUAGCCGGAGGUCAGCCACAUUCUGGGAGCAGAGACAACAAGCCUGCGGCUGUUCCCGUUGCUAUGGAGCCACAGCGGGGGUCUAGCGCUAGUCCGGUUGUUCAGAUGGUGUCUUUUGGGAGUGUGGCAUUCGAAGACGCAGAAUCAACCAAGUUAGCCAAUGGAAACAAGAGAGAGGACAAUCUCGCUACGAGCUUUCAGGGCGGAGCUUCUGUAGGUCUAAUCUCACAUGUCCAAUCAGGCCCCACUGUUGAUGAGUGGGACCUAGAGGAGGCGGAGUACGGAGACGCAGAUCUGAGAAGUGGGCGGUCCUACUAUAGCCGAUCCUUUAGGGCAGGAGGGAGGCGGGGGCAAGAAGGAGGAGGUUUCAGGGGGCGGAACUCCAGAGCACGGAGAGAUUACGGCGGACGGGGCAGAGCAACUGUCAAUCAGCCAUAUUACCAGACAGGAUAUAUGAGGGGAAGGGGGCGGGGCUACGUUCAGCACUCUAACGCCAGAGAGGCGGGAUACGCAGGCGGUCAGUUCACACCUGCAGCCGAAACCUGAUGUGCACAAUCAGUUUGAGUUACUUUUAAUUCUCGUAACUUGGUGGUGUUUUUAAAAAUAUCCCUUUAUGUUGUUGGUUAAUCUUCUGUCUCUAAUUUAAAUGAGUUUUUCUCUGCUGUGUCCGAACCCUCCGAUGUAUAUAUGUUUGCAUGUGUAUCAGAAUGUAAUAAAAGUUUGAAAACGAA